UCUCUCUUUUUUUUUAAUGGUUCACAUAUACAUGAGCCCCAUAAACAUGUCAAUAUAUUUAGAGGACCUUCAUUUUACCUACUGCAAGGCUGAAACAAUGUACACCAAAAUAGCCUUAUCUUUAACUGUUUCCUGUGUCAUCCUCUUCCUUUACCUUGUGCUCAACAAGAAAACCAACGGAGCAAAAUCAUUAAACCUGCCACCAGGGCCACCAAAGCUACCUCUGAUCGGGAACGUACACCAUCUAGCCGGACUGCUCCCACACCGCGCAUUUCGAGAUUUAGCACAAAAACAUGGCCCCAUCAUGCAUAUCCAACUAGGCCAAAUUUCAGCAGUCAUCAUUUCAUCACCCCGACUAGCCAAAGAGGUACUCAAAACUCAUGAUGUUGCCCUCGCAGAUCGUCCGAAGACUUUUGGGAGCGAGCUUGUACUGUAUAGGAACACCGAUAUAGCCCUCGCUCCAUAUGGUGAGUAUUGGAGACAAAUGAAAAAGAUCGCCUCCUUGGAACUUCUUAGUGCCAAAAAAGUUCAAUCGUUUGGUCUAAUCAGAGAGCAAGAACUUUGUAGUUUCAUGAACUUUCUCCGAAUAUCUUCAGGGAAACCGGUAAACAUACACAAAACCAUCACGGAAUUGGUGAAUAAUGUUGUCUGCAAAGCUUCCUUCGGAAAAAACUGUAAACACCAGGAUGCACUCCUAGAGUUCCUAGAUGAGUUUGGAAGAGUAAAUAGUGGGUUUUAUGUUGCGGAUUUGUUUCCGGAUUUUAAGUUUCUUUACGUGGUUUCUGGAUUGAGAUCAACGUUAAUGAAGAUGCACAAAACUCUCGACAAAAUCUUCAACGACAUCUUUGAGGAGCAUGAUAGUAGAAAGAGAGAUGGAGGGGAACAUGAGGAAGAUCUUCUUGAUGUUCUUCUUAGAAUCAAAGAUGAAGGAGGUCUUGAGUUCCCCAUCACGAAUAACAAUAUUAAAGCAAUCUUUGUGGACAUAUUUGCAGGAGGCACCGAUACAUCAUCAGUAACUAUUGAAUGGGCUAUGACAGAACUGAUGAGACAUCCGAAUGUGCUCGAAAAGGUGCAAACAGAAGUGAGAGAAACCUUUAAGAGGAAGAAAAAAGUCAUGGAGUCAGACAUACAAGGUUUGAGCUAUUUGCAAUCAGUAAUCAAGGAAACCCUAAGGCUUCACCCUCCAAUCCCAAUGUUACUCCCACAUGUAAGUAGAGAGCAUUGUAAAAUUGAUGGAUACGAUAUUCCUGUUAAAAUGAAACUGAUCAUCAAUGCAUGGGCAUGCUCUACUGAUCCUGAAUACUGGGAUGAUUCUGAAAGCUUCAAGCCCGAAAGAUUUGAAAAAACUUCGGUUGAUUUUAUGGGAAAUAAUUAUCAGUUUAUACCAUUUGGAUCUGGGAGAAGAAUGUGCCCAGGAAUGAAUUUUGGGUUGACGACAGUCGAGUUUUUUCUUGCUCAAAUGCUAUACUACUUCAACUGGGAACUCCCUGAUGGAUUAAACCCUAUUGAUGUCGAUAUGGCGGAGACAGAUGGAUUGCUAGCAGCAAAAAAGAUUCACUUGCAUUUGAUUCCUACGUCUUGUGCUCCUUAUAAUUAACUAAAGUUGUUUAAGGAUUCUUGACACCAAACGUAAAACGGAUCUAUUAAGCACCAUGUGGGUUUAUUAUAAAAUAACUUGGUGCUGUUGUCUCCCUUUAUUUUGGUAAUAAAUCAUUAUAAACAUUGGUAGUUGGAUACUUGGAUUGAAUGUGUAUUCUCUGUUGUAGCAAUAGUACCAGUGCUGCUGAAUUCAAUCGUGGGCUUCUUACAGUUGUGGGCCUUUAUAUUACCAUCUCAUGAUGUAUAGUCAUUCCUAUGGGACCCUUGUUACGUGUUGGCCUCGGCAGUUUUGUGGUCAUUUUUCAAUUAAGAUGUCGAAUCUUGUCUAUCUAUUCUACCUCUAUCUCUACUAAAAAAAGAAUAUUUGUUAUGCCACAUGUCACUUUUUCUGUAGUUGCUUAUGCCACGUGUCAUUUUUGUGGAGCUCCUCUCCCUAACUCCCUGUGUUUCAUGCCAUUGAUAAUUGAAAUCGAU